AAAGCCACGUGACCGGAAAUGGAAACGCUAGCCUUUUCCUAGUUUCGGUAUGGACCCGCCGCGUAGAACUAUAUUUUUUAAGUACUUCAUUUAAAACUCUUCAUUCGCGAUAUUUCUUAGUUUUUAUUUGUGUGUUAAAGGCGUUUUAGUUAACAUUUCGACUUUAGUGAAUUCGUAUCAAGCUCGCUGCAGCCCUUUAACUACUUAGUCAAUGCGGGCUGUGUGUGCUGUUGACAGGCGUUUCCUCUUUCACUCUAACCGCAUGUAGGGUGCUACGAGUCGGCACCAGAUUCGAGCUUUGUACAACCCCUUUUCACGCCAUCGGGAAGCUUUUAAGCUGACACCAUAAUAAUUUCCUCUGAGAAACUGCCAGCUAAGGGUGUGUCUGGAGCUGCUCACUUCUACGGCGAGCGGGAUGGGCCAAACUCGCUCGACUCCCUCGCACGCCACCACUACCCCCGGCAGAGCGCUAUGGAAAGCCAUCCAGGCGACCCGACCGCUCGACAAUCGUAGCGCAAGGAGCGGGAGAAAGCGUCGUAUUUUCCGGCUACACGGGAACCCGAUGAAAAACCAAGCCUUAUCGUGUUUGGGAAGAAGAAAGCGAGACUCCAGCCCGACGAGAACGGAGCCGAGCUGGCAAAGCCGAGCAGGAGAUCCAGCCGCUCGCCUCGAACGCAGGGAGGGAAAGUUACCCAGAGACGAGGCCGUGUCGGCGGCAGAGGAGCAGAGAGUCACUACCGGUGGAUUUUUGGAGGCACCGCAGAGCCGAGAUGUCAGAAAUCAAGCGUGUGUCGAAAGCGGGGAGAGGACUGUUAUCCCGUCCGAUGAACCGAGUGUUGAAAUGCGGAGCGGGGAAGUUAGCGCUGCGGGUUUUCAUGAGACGAUAGCCGUGCAGGAGGACCAUGCAUCGGAUCUCUCGAUCAGGACCAUGGACGAGCAGCCGCUGUGGGGAAGCAGCCAGGAUUGUGUGGCGUCGCCAUUUGGAGAAAUGAGCGGGAAUGAUGUGGACUCUUCUCGGACUUUAACAAACUUACAUUCAGGUGUGGACGAUUUGACUAAAACCGAUUUAGUCGCUGCCAAUUGUCCACACUCGUCAAGCCAAGACACAAACACUGUGGUUGAUGGUGAAAUGCAAAUCGGUACCGAUGAGCCUCCCCAGAUUCAAACGUACCCAGGUACCAUACCUAAACUCAUCAUCACGCGGGACCCCAGCCCCAGUCGGCCACAGGAGUCACCCACCAAGCUCACCAUACGUAGCGGGUCGUGCUUUGAGCUUCACCCGGACGACGAGUCCCCCUGCUCGGACAGUGGAUGCGGAGGGUCUCCGGCACUGAUGCAUUCCCUGAGGAAGCUGUCCAACUCCUCUUCUCUUGGUCUGUCCUCAGCCUCAUCCUUUGAGGAGUCAGAGGACGACUUCACCGGCAGCGACAUAGAGUCCAGCCUGUCCCCGACCAGGUCCUUGUGCAGCCCGGACGAUGGAUCAGUGAAUAAGUCGUGGCAGAAGUUGAAGACCAUGGUGCACUGGUCCCCUUUUGUUGUGUCCUUUAAGAAGCGCUACCCUUGGGUGCAGCUUGCAGGCCAUGCAGGUAACUUCCAGGCUGGGGAGUAUGGUCGCCUGUUAAAGCGAUACUGCGAAUGCGAGCAGCAGUGCCUGCAGAAGCUGAUGAAGGACACGCUGCGGCCCUACGUGCCUGGUUAUUAUGGGGUGGUGCAGAGAGACGAGCAGGACUAUAACCUAAUGGACGAUCUGCUGGCAGAUUUCGACUCGCCUUCCAUCAUGGAUUGUAAGAUGGGCAGCAGGACCUAUUUGGAGGAAGAGCUGAUGAAAGCGAGAGAACGCCCACGUUUGCGAAAGGACAUGUACGAAAAGAUGGUUGCCGUGGAUCCUGGGGCCCCGACUGUGCAGGAGAGGGCGCAGCAGGGCGUCCUCAAGCCCAGAUACAUGCAGUGGAGGGAGACGCUCAGCUCCACGGCCACACUGGGAUUCCGCAUUGAGGGCAUCAAGAAAGCCGACGGAACCUGCAACACCAACUUUAAGACGACCAAACUCAAAGAGCAAGUGAUGCAAGCCUUGGAGGACUUUGUUGAUGGAAACAUUCAGACGCUGAAGCUCUACCUGCAGCGACUGGAGGAACUUCGGUCCGUACUCGAGCAGUCGCAUUUCUUCAAGACACACGAGGUGGUAGGAAGCUCUCUAUUAUUCGUGCACGACGCCUCGGGAAAGGCCCGUGUGUGGAUGAUUGACUUUGGGAAAACCGUUCCCCUGCCCGCACCCAAGACUCUGGACCACAGGACCCCGUGGGUGGAGGGCAACCAGGAAGAUGGCUACCUGUGGGGACUGGACAACCUCAUAGACAUCUUCAUCUCCAUGCUUCCGCAAUCUCUGACAUCUUGAGUGGGGAAUUUGUCAUGGAAAAGAGGACAAGGGAGUUUCACAACUGGAAAACUGUGGACUUCCACUUUUUGUCCGGGUUGUACCUUUUGUGGGAAUUUACUGCAAAGUGGAAAUUUGUCAAAGGUCCGGUAUCGUACUUCCGCUUAGAGACUACUUGGUUGGAAAAUCUGCGUAAACUGCAGUGAUAAGACUUAAAAAAAAAAAAAAUUGUUUCUCGCUGCCUCGGAGGUGAUUGCAACACUAAAACCCUGGUCAAAACCUUGUGUAAAUACAAAUUAUUUAAUUUUUCUGGCCUUUAUAUAACCUACUUACAUUCUUUGUACAAUGCCUGUGCAGUUUUUUUUUAAUCUCUGAUUUUUUUUCUCCCACUGACCUCUACCAGAAGCAUUUUUAUAUAACAACAAUCAAAGCGAUGGUACGUGAUUUUUUUUUUUUUCACAAUGCAUCCUCAGAAAGCCAUGGAAACAAAACAAGACGUGCCUGUGUUGUGCGUUUUAAGCUAGUAAGCUGCACUCGGGUUUACACACUCUUAAGGAUAUUGCGCUGUUGCGUAACAUUUCCAGUGACGCUCGAGCCAUAAAAGGAAGAUUUAAAACUGGACUGGACUUUUUUUUACAUAUGCUGAUGUUAUAACUGGAGUAAAUAAUAACGUCAACUAAUGGCUUCCUGUUGUCCUUCGACUAUGCAUUGACUGUUCAAACUAAAUGACUUCCGGUUAUCCGUCAACAGGGAAAAUUAUCAGGAGCCAUCCUCACCUCCGAAAAGGAAACAAAACUGGCACCGAGCGGCACGGUUUUGUGUUUACAAAGUGUUAUGCGACUUCUACUUCCAAUGCGUGUAUAAGCAAGCGUUAACAGGGUGUCUUUUUUCUAACUGGGAGUUUUGUAAUGUGAGGAAACUGGAUUCAAUAACAUUUUAUAUUCUGUAAGCGCAUUUUUUAAUGUCAGAAAAAUUACAGGUCACGUUUUGAGAUCCCUGCUUUGUCAUGAAGGUAACGGAUUGCAAUAAACUGGAAAUAAGAUUUGUUAA